GAACGGGGCGCAGGGGAAAGGAAGUUGGCGGAAGGGAGGGCCACCCCGCAGCACAGAGCUGCGCUGACCGCUCUGCAGCCCGUGGGCGCCCAGGGCAAAAGCCGCAGGCGUCAAGGUGACCCCACUGCCCUGUUUGAGCAGAAGCAAGGGGCGGCCUGCAGGUUGGGUCCUGAGCGAGGUCGUCGCCCCUCCAGGUGUAGACCAGAGCCUUCUGGAGGGACCUCCCCAUCAAAAGACUGUUGCCAGCACGACAGAGCUGGCGAGCUCUGCCCUUUCUUUGAGUAUUCAAGUUUUUAUGAGUCAUUCCUUCUUUCUUGGGUUUACUAAGUUUGUAGGGUUGUUCUCUUUGUUUUACUAAUUCAGCCAUUCAUAAAUGCAUGGCGUGCUUCGUGUGUGCUGGGCAAACAGUUGCGUUCAAAACAGCUGCAGAAGUUCCCCCUCUCCCGGAACUACGAAGAACUGGAGAAACAGCAGAUAAAUAUGUGACCUAAAACGGUCAGGGAAGUUUUUCCUGCAGAAGUAACAUUGAACGGGCUGCAGAGACAUGAAGCAAUAGCUCUGGGGGCAGAGGGCACCACCAGGAGGAAGGUGCUGGGGGUGGUGCAGGUGCAGAUUGCAGUGGGAAGGUAGAUAGGUGAGAAAAGAGGGGAGCCUGAGGGCUGCGCAGCAGAUCAGUGGUAGAGCACCUCUGGUUCUUUCCCCAGUACUGGGGUAGGGGUGUCUGUAAGUCCACACUAAGAAUUUUGGAUUUGUGCAUGUGUGUCUGGUACCAGGGAUUGAACCUAGAGGCAUUCUGCCAGUGACUUGCACCUCCACGCUUUUAAAAUAUAAAAUUUUGAGAUACCAUUUUGUUAAGUUGCCUAGAUUAGCCUUGAAUCUGUGAUUCUCCUGCCACAGCCUCCCCAGUGCUAGGAUUACAGGUGUGUACCACUGUGCCCAGCUAAAAUUUUGGAUUUUAUAGCUUUCAGGAAGCAGCUAUGAACUCUAGCCUCAGAAGGUGUGACUAGGCCUUUUUCUACCUUCUUUAUUGAAAUUUUUAUUGCAGUGAUAUAGAUUUGCACAUACUUGUAAGAAACAACACAAAUAUCUCUAGUACCCUUUGGAAACUUUCCCCCUGCAUCUCUGAGGAUUGAACACAGAGGCACUUAACCACUGAGCUAUAUCCCAGUCCUUUUAUUUUGUAUUUUGAGACAGUCUUGCCAAGUUACCAAAGCCGGCCUUGAAUGUGGGAUCCUCUUGUCUCAGCCUCCUGAGUUGCUGGGAUUACAGUUGUGCACCACUGUACCCAUUGGAAAUGCUUUCAAAACCAUAAUACAGUAUCACAUCCAGAAUGUUGGCAUACUCUUGACCCACAAAUGAUCAGAUAUUCUGUUUUUCUUGUGUUCGUCUAUGUGUGUUGAGUUCUUGAAGUUUUACCACGUGUGUGGGAUUAUAUGGUAUGUAUUUUGACACCACAGUCAAAAUACAGAACAGUGUCACCUUCCUGACUCACAGGAUGGUGGUAUUGUGUAAAUGGUCUACAGCACGACCGGGAUAUUGGCCUUGGUGUGUCCAGUGCUGGAGCUCAUGGAUCACAUGUGGAGCGAGGCCGAGCUGCCUCCACACUCUGACCUGGGGCUCUGGCAGCUGCCUGAUGAAGAUCCACUGUCUGUCCGCAGUGUGGUCCAGCAGCCUUCCAGCUCCGAGAAGGAAAGGCGUGUCUCUGUGGGAGUGCUCUUGUUUUCUCAUUCCUAUCUGUCCACAGUGGCGCUCUGUUGGCACUUGGCAAUGUCCUGGCCCAGAUGAUUGAGAAGAAGAGAAAAAAAGAAGACUCUCAAAAUCUGGACGUCAGUGGGCCUCUCAGAUAUGCAGUUUAUGGCACGCUAGCAUGAGUCAUUUUCCUGUGAGGCUCAAAUGGAUUCCCCUAGACAGCAGUGCGCAAGAAGAACAGCUGGGAGGUAGCGUCCCAGGUUCUUUAUCACAGGCCCGCUGAGCCACUACUUCUACCUGCUCAUGGACCACUGGAUCCCUCCCGGGGCGCCCUGGGCAGGCAUCAGGAGGCUCCUCUUGGACCGCCUGGUCUUCGCACCUGCCUUCCUGCUGCUGUUCUUCCUCGUCAUGAACCUGCUGGAGGGGAAGGAUGCUGAGACCUUAGCCACCAAGAUGAGGAGUGGCUUCUGGCCUGCCCUGAGGAUGAACUGGCGAGUAUGGACACCCCUGCAGUUUGUCAACAUCAACUAUGUGCCCCUGCAGGCGAGAGCCACUCUCUCUGGUCAACCUGCGGAAGAGGAACGUGGAAUCUGGAGAGGAGGAGCAGGCGUCCAGGCUGGACCACUACAGGGCGAAGGCCACAAGGCACAUCUUCCUCAUCAGGCAUUCCCAAUACCACAUGGACGGCUGCCUGGAAAAGGACCGCACUUUGACCCCACUAGGUCGGGAACAGGCUGAACUCACGGGGCUCCGACUUGCCAGCCUGGGGUUGAAGUUUAGUAAAAUCAUCCAUUCCUCCAUGACCCGUGCGGUGGAGACCACAGACAUCAUCAGCAAGCACCUGCCAGGUGUCUCCAGAGUCAGCACAGACCUGCUGCGGGAAGGUGCACCUAUCGAGCCCGACCCUCCUGUGUCUCACUGGAAGCCAGAGGCUGUGCAGUAUUACGAAGAUGGUGCCCGGAUCGAGGCUGCUUUCCGGAACUACAUCCACAGGGCAGAUGCCAAGCAAGAGGAGGACAGCUAUGAAAUCUUCAUAUGCCAUGCCAAUGUUAUCCGCUACAUUGUCUGCAGAGCGCUGCAGUUUCCUCCAGAAGGCUGGCUCCGUCUCUCCCUCAACAAUGGCAGCAUCACCCACCUCGUGAUCCGACCGGAUGGCCGAGUAGCACUCAGGACCCUUGGGGACACGGGGUUCAUGCCCCCCAACAAGAUCACCCGGUCUUGAGGGCCCCUCUGGGACUCCACCCUUCUCUGCGUGCAGCCUGGUUCAGCCUUCCCUCUUGUUCCUUGUCCAGGUUGCAGUGCAGCUUUGAGGAAGAUGCUGUGGGAAUGUCUCAGAUGCUGGGGACACUUGUAUCUGGCCCACUGAAAGGGAGACCUUCAGGCCAAACAGCCUGACUUCCUUCCUUUGGCCUGCCAGGACAGCCCCAUGGGUGUGGGGUGAGGACCUUCUCAGGCAAGAGGACAGCCUGUGCUGGGCUUUGAACAAGCCCUGCUUGCCAUCCCUCUGGACAACCAUGGCAGGCCUGCAUGGGUGGCCAAAGCAGUAAGUGACUCUGGGCUCCGCCCAAGCUGGUGCAGCAGGACAAACUUUCUAAACAACUCAUUUCAUUCACAUGUUCUUAUUCUGAAAAGCCUUUGUCACUUCAGUGUUCGUCAAUUAAAACCUAUUCCUCAUUUGGGUUCUUGCUUUGAAAACCAAUUUCUCACUAGAGUGAGAGAUCCUGAUGCUGUAGGAUCUAAAGGCACAGGGACUGGCAAGCUGCACAGUGGAUUUGGGUGAGAGAGGAAGUGAGUCUGGAGUGCCAUGUCCAGGGGCUGGCCACACCAGGCAGGGACUGCGGGCUUGUGAUGGCCAGGCAGGGAAGAUACCCAGGGCUGACAUCUCCAUCCUAGUCUGCUCCUGGCCACAGUUCAUCUUCUGGGCUUGUGGGUUAACAUUUGGACAUGAUAUGCCUACCCCAAAUAUCUGUUAAUUCAACAAAAGCAGUCCAGUUUCUACGAAGUGCUCAUGAACACUUUCAGUAAUCAAUACAAUGAAUUGGGAUAUUUGAUCCAUUUCUCUGGCCUCUUUGGAAAUAACUACAUAAUAAAAUUUUAAAAAUACAAA